AUGGUGGCCAUGAAGACUUUGUCUCUGCUGCUGGUGUCCCUGCUCCUGGCAGUGGUGCUAGGGGAGAAGGAGAAGGAUCACUCCAGACCCCACCCUAAGGUCAGCGGCCCUCAACCUCGAGGCCCGAGAUAUGCUGAGGGGACUUUCAUCAGUGACUACAGCAUUGCCAUGGACAAGAUCCGCCAACAAGACUUUGUGAACUGGCUGCUGGCCCAGAAGGGGAAGAAGAAAGACUGGAAACACAACAUCACCCAGAGGGAGGCCAGGGCCCUAGAGCUGGCCAGUCAAUCUAACAGGAAUGAGGAGGCCAGCGAGAAGCAGAGCUCCCCACCCAAGAUGCCCUGUGAUGAAGAUUUGUUAAGGGAUUUGCUGAUUCAGGAGUUGCUGGCCUGGAUGGUAGAUCAGAUGGAGCUCUGCAAGCCCAGGUUUCAGUGA